AGUUAUCACCUGAUAAAUAAUUUUAUUUCUUCUUAGAUCGAUUCUCAGAUGAAGCAAUAUUUAAUGGUGAGUCAUUUAGAAAGUUAAAAGCUGAUUAAUUCAUUUUUUUUCGUUUUAGAUGAAACAUCCCACACCGAUCGCUUCACCCAUCGGAAUCUGGAGGAACUGGCAGGAAAGAUGCCUGAAAGUCCCCGUAUUCUGUAGGGGGACACAUGGUGUCGGUGGAACAUGGAGACAGUAUCCCGGUCGCAAACCUUCCUGAUUUUUCUAGUGAGUUCCGACCAACUUGCAAUGCCUUUCGGCAAGUUGCGGCGGAAAUCAUUGAAAACAAUUUGCGAAAGUUGGCUGUCGGAAUACUGCUUCCAUGUUCCAGCGAUAUCUUGUGCUCUCCUGCAGAAUACGGCGACUUUCAGAUAACUUUCCUGGUGGUUUCUACAGAACCCGGUUCUUUUUUAGAGAAUGGGUGUGUUUUGCAGUGAAUAGUGGUGGAAAACUACUUUCAUAAUGGAGCAUAGCACCCGGCGGAUCUUUCAUUCAAUAUUGCUUGGUGAAUUAUACGGAACCCCAAAUACGAAACCCCUGUUAUCAGCUAUUAAAAUUAAGGCUUUUUACGAAACCUCAAAGGAUUUCGAUUUGGUUGCAAAAAUCGGAUACCUUUGGGGUUUCGUAUGGUACCUUUUUUUUCAGUGUAGAGUAUAGUUAAAUACAAUUCACCAUUUUCAUUUUCUUUUUUGAAUAUAUUUAGCUAAUCUUUAAAUAAAAAUAAAUUUUUAUUUUUCUUCUUCUUCUUUCAGUAUAUUGAAUCUAUUUACUUCAAUAUAAAUAUGGUUCCUUCUUUAUUCUAUUUAUCAAUCUUCAUCUUUCUAAUCAUAGUUCACGUUGUGUACACAAAUAAGGAAGUUAUGUUAUCAUUAAUCGAACAAGAAUAUAAUUAAAUAUUUAUAAUUAUAAGUAUUAAAGUUUUUCAAGAAAAUAAUUACGAAAAAUUCAAACAAUAUUUAUUAUUCGAACAAAUAUUUUAAGCUAGACAAUUUUCGAUUCUUUUCUUUUUGAAUUUAGACUUUGAUCAUCUUAUUUCAGUCUUUGUAUUUUUUCUCUUCAUAAUAGUUUUAAUUAUUAUUUCGAGACAAUAUGAAUUUAGAUAAGACCAUUUGGAAUGGAAUAUGGUAUGACUCUAUGACAAACUGUCCAAUGAGAUUAGAAUUUUUCUCGUUAAUGUACUGAUGGAAAUCGGACCGUAUCAAAAAGAUGAAAAAAAUCAUUCAAUAAAAGACUAUCGUCUAGGUCGUGGCUAGAACUCAUUGGGUCCAAUGCCGGGUCUGAAAAUUAUUUUUCGCAGUCUGGGUUUGGACUCAGAUGAAACGUUUUUCACUUAUGGGGUCAAAUCACAAGAAAAUUUUUAUGUAUAUAAUUGCGUGAAAAUGAAGCCGAUGGAGUUGGUGGUGAAGUUGUCUAACAUAAUAAAUAUCCGAAGCUGCACACUACUAACGAGUCGCUAGGGAUCAGAUCCGAUCAUCAAUUAAUUGUUAACAACUCUUUAUCGGAUAGUUGAAAGAACAUGUAAGAUGUACUACGUAUAUAGCACAAAAGGACAGAUGUAUGCCAUAUCUUUGGAGUGAACACCAGAUCGAAUUAGAAAAGUUGGUUACCAGUUUAAGAAUACGUUUUGUUCCAGAUUUAUUUUUGAUUCAUCAACUAGGUAUUUGUUAAGAAUGCCAGAUUAACUUUACUUUCAAGUUAAAAGAAGCAUGAUUAAAAUUUGCGGUCCAACGAGUUCAAGUUCAAAUAGAUUCUUUUUUCAGAAGUAUUUUUUUUCAUUACAAAAAUUUUUAAUAAAAGACUUUCUGAAAAAUAUACCUUAAAUCUUGACUUUUUAGAAAGUUAAGCUUUAAGAUGUGCUUGUUGUAGCUUUAAAUUCAAAGAUUAAAGUUGAGGUACGCUAACUCCCCUCCCUCUCCCAUAAUCGAAGAUCUACGUAAGAAAGGAAUCUGUUUCCUAUAGAACACCAUUUUUCAAACUUCUAACGGUUUUCCGUGAUACAAGCUGGGGAGUCUUCUAAUAUGGGAGGGGGUUUGCUUCAAUUUGAAUAAUUCUAUCAGAAUAGUUUCAAACUUUUUGUAUCACGACUAGUGUUGGUCCAAACGUUUUUGAUGUACCGGCUCCGGGUUCGGGUCCAAAAAUUCUUGGACCCGAUGGACUCGACCAGACACUAAGAAUACGAAUUUCAUAUUGCUCUGGUUGCCAUCAAGUUAAUACGCAAAUAAUCAAUGAUCUUGUUGAAGUAAAUAUCAAAAUAGGCAAUCUACUUGCAGUUGAUCGACAAACAGAAAAUGUGUAUCCUACUUGUCCAAUUCGUUCACAACGUCAAAAACUACGACGAGCUGAUUCAGGUUCAUUGCUGGUGUCGAUUAGCACCAAUGAUAGCAGCUUUCUCAAUUCUGAUGGUUUAAAUAAUAUCGAUCCAAGUGUCUUGUAUCCGCCCUAA